AUGGAACUCUCGCUCGACUUUAACCACGAAUUGUAUCCACUUCGCCCAAAUGAGACGAUCACGCUCGUCCUUGCCUCGUCAUUGCAAACCACAGCCAGUACAGCGACGACAGGUGCAGCAGCAGGAGCGAGUGGACCCGCAGAGGACAAAAUUGACCGCGACACUUGGCGGCCGACAAUUGGGAGGAGCAAAGGGCUUGAUGCUGAUUACGACUAUGUAAUGUACGGCAAAGUGUACAAGUUCGACGAGGGGGAAGGAACAACAGUCACGGCCUACAUCUCGUACGGUGGCCUCCUGAUGGCGUUAUCGGGCAAUUAUCGACACAUGUCGGGCAUUGUCCUAGGGGAAAACGUCUAUCUUCUAUUGCGAAAACGGUAG